AUGCAUCUCCCUUGGGUCAUAUCGCUGCUAGGGCUAUGCGGGCUCGCGUCAGCCAUCGACAGCAACGGCAUCUUUUCACAUCCCCCCAAGUCUGGGCCCUCCCUCUUCUACCUCGACAACAUUGUCCUCACAUUAGGAGAUACCGAGGAGCUGAAAUGGAGUACGGGGAUGACUAGUUAUACUUUGACGCUUUGGCAGCAGUUCCUCAAUGGAGGCGCUCGGGGCGACGCCACCGCGAUACUCAAAAAGGAGGGAGGCGACCCAGAACCCGGCGGCACGACCUGGAAAGUCCAAACGUACGGUUUCGACCUCGACGACUCGCCCAUCUUCUUCUUCGGGAUAGGGUUCGACGGAUCCGGAGGCUCGGGCUUCACCUCCCAUUAUUUUAACAUCACCCGCGAGCGACCUUCCUCGACCAGCUCCAGCAGCACAUCGACUUCCUCGACGAGCUCUAGCAGCGGACCGACUUCCUCAGAUUCAUCACCGGCGAUAGCUACAAGCAAUACGGAUGGCAAUUCUGCGUCUAGCGCCUCGGAUCCCAGUCUCCGACUAGGUCUUGGGCUUGGACUUGGUCUUGGCAUUCCAUUAGUGGCUCUUAUUUCAGGUCUUAUAAGCUAUAUCGUCUUCAAGAAACGCAGCGCUAGGAACAAUGCUGUACCUUCUGAUCCGAGGACCGCCAGUUACGUGCCUUCCCAGGCGGAGUGGCACACGCCGGAAGGUUGGGCUCAAACGCCAUCGCCGAAGCCGCCGGUGUACCAUGAGAUGGAUACGCCACGUCCAGUCGCCGAACUUCCGACGACUAAUCAGAGGGGCUGA